GAGGGGAAUUUUGUCGUGCAAACGAGACAGUUGGUGAGAAGUUGCAGAGCCUGGGCCUAUUCCCUGUGUUUGGGAAUUUGCCUCACAAUUUCUUGCAAGAUUAGAGUUCCUCGUUUGAUCCAUGUGCAAGUGAUAUUUGAGUCUCAUUUCCUAAGACUGAAACAAGGAACCAGGCGUCAAGAUGUUUCAUACUCAUGCAAGCUGCCAGCCGGCACCUGGAGCUCAGACACUUCAUCUUGUCAAGAGAGCUGACCCUGCCCUGCUGAGGCAGAUCUUCAACAAGUAUGCAGGUGCAGAAAAGGAAGGGGAGAAGUUUAUGACGGCAGAGGAUUUCAUCCGAGGCUUCCUGGGCAUGCAGCCGGAGAGGAAUUACAACCCAAACACCAUGAAGCUGUUAGCUGGUGUAGCUGACCAGACCAAGGAUGGACUAAUCUCCUUCAUAGAGUUCCAAGCGUUUGAGGCACUGCUAUGUUCCCCCGAUGCCUUGCACAUGGUGGCCUUCCAGCUCUUUGACACCAACGGUUCCGGAUUUGUUUCUUUUGACGAGUUCAAGAAAGUGUACAGUGCCACUGAGGUUCAUCAACAGAUUCCGUUUGACUUUAACUGCGCAUUUGUCGGCCGGCACUUUGGCAAAGACAAAAAGAAGGAGUUGUCGUAUGCAGAGUUUACUCAGUUUCUGUGGGUUCUCCAAGAGGAACAUGCCAGGCAAGCCUUUGACCUGUUCGACGAGAGCAACCUGGGUGUCAUCAAUGCCUUGGAGUUCCGCAAGAUCAUGACCACAAUCAAGUCUCACCUAAUCACCGACUAUGUUGCAGAAAACCUUGUCUCAGUGGCUGGAGGAGAGACUAAGCAUCUAGUCAGUUUUCCUUAUUUCAUCGCCUUCAACUCCCUCCUUAGCAGAAUGGAGCUCAUGAAGAAAAUCCACUCAGACAUGACAAACGCUGACUCUAAAUCUGGUGUCACUAAAGAGGAGUUUUUACACGUCGCACAAGAGUACUCACAGAUCACGCCCCUAGAAGUCUCCAUUUUGUUUCACCUUUGCUGUCUGGAAAGCUCGACUGGUCGUAUCACAAUGAGUGACAUAGACAGAGUAGCACCUAAAAAUGAUCUGGUUGGCGAGAUGCAGAUACAGCAACCUAAGCAAGAAGUGAAAAGGACGGUCUUGAUCCAGGUGGCAGAGUCCAUCUACAGGUUCUGUCUGGGAGCCAUUGCUGGGGCCGUUGGUGCCACGGCCGUCUAUCCUAUCGAUUUGGUUAAGACCAGGAUGCAGAACCAGCGUGGAGGGUUGGUAGGGGAACUGAUGUACGAGAAUAGUUUGGACUGUUUCACCAAGGUGGUCCGACACGAGGGCUUUUUCGGUCUUUAUAGAGGUCUGCCUCCCCAGCUAUUGGGCGUGGCUCCGGAGAAGGCCAUCAAGCUGACCAUGAACGACUUUGUCCGUGACCGCCUCCGGAGGAAAGAUGGUGGCCUCCCACUGUGGGCCGAAAUCGUCGCAGGUGGAUGUGCCGGUGCCUCCCAGGUGAUGUUUACCAAUCCUUUGGAGAUCGUUAAGAUCCGGUUGCAGGUCGCCGGUGAGAUCCAGUCGGGACCCAGAGUCAGUGCAAUCACGGUAGUCCGAGACCUGGGCUUCUUUGGCUUGUACAAGGGUGCCCGGGCGUGCUUCCUUCGCGACAUCCCCUUCUCAGCAAUUUACUUCCCCGGCUAUGCCCACCUCAAGAAAGCCUUUGCUGACAAAGACGGUCACAAUAGUCCUACCUCCUUGCUCGUCGCUGCCACACUUGCUGGACCCCCCGCUGCCUAUCUAGCCACACCUGCCGAUGUCAUCAAGACAAGGUUACAGGUCAUUGCUCGCAGGGGCCAGCAGACAUACUCGGGGGUCCUGUCGCCUGUCUGCAGAGUAAUGAUGUUCCUGUUUUUUGUGGGUUUUUUUACAGCCCGUGUGUUCCGGUCAUCACCCCAAUUCGGUGUCACCCUCCUCACGUACGAGAUUCUGCAGAGAUAUCUGUACAUUGACUUUGGAGGACAACGGCCCGAGGGCUCAGAAACCAAGCCCAGCACCCACAUAGCCGACCUGCCUCCGGUCAACCCGGAUCACAUCGGGGGUCUCCGGCUGGCCGUGGCCACCUUCUCCGGCGUGGAGUCCAAGUUCGGCCUGUUCCUCCCCAAGUUCAGAAACCCACUGGCAACUGUGGCCGUCCAGCCCAGCUAGUAACUCAGCUGACACCCUCUCUGGUAUUUUAAUUUUCAAACCAGUCCCCCUCAUUGAUUGAGUCAAAAACUGAUUUGUAGUACACUGCCGUUUCUAUUUGUGAUGAGGAACGGCAGUUUGCGUGUGAAAGGAAGCAUGCAUCUUGCUGAUUCAUCAUAGCUGCAUUUACUCCCGUGGUGAACAUGGAGACGUUUUUGCAAUACUUUGCAGAAAUCCCCAAUGAUUAAUCAAAGUGAAUGCUGGUUGAUUUGCUGUGACCCUAUAGAUGAAGUUAUUGCAUGCCAAAUGGUAAACAUCGGGGGACACUUUGAUGCCAGCACAGUCAGACAGCUGGACUUGUACAACCUUUUUUAACCUUAAUCCUAACUGUGUAAAUAUACUAGUGAAUGAAGAGCAUCAACUGCAGCUGGAUUCAAACUCCUGACAUUACUGUACAAGUACAGUUUUCACCUAACCGUGAGGUGUCCAGCCCAGUGGGUUGUAGGCGUUUGCUUUUGGGUUGAACUCAGAAGCUAUGAAGCCUGUGUAUGCUUUCACCUUGGCAACAACUUUAGACUACACAAGUUACGACCUAGAUGUGGAUAUAGUAAAAUAAUGAGUGUCUUUUCAAUGCCAUUUCAAAGACAGAGCAAAAAAUGCCUAAUAUUUAGAGGUAGGUUAUAUAUUAAUUCCUGAAUAAAGGAUUCAUGCAAGAAAGAGUUAAUUACCUUGUAAACUAAGACCACAAUUGCAAACUGAAUAACUGUUUGAAGGACAAUUCAUCCUUAUUGACAUGAUAAAAAUUCACAGUUCUGUUUUGUAAUAUUUAUUGAGACAGUUCAUCAUACUCGUAGCCAUUUCUUGAGAAGCAGUUUUGAAGAAGUCUGUCUCCAAGUGCUCCUGGUUUCAUUUUUUUGACCUGGCAUAUUUUCCAGUUUAAAUAUGCUAAUAUGAGAGUUUGAAAACAGUUUCAGCAGCAACUUUGAUACUCCAUCUUCUUGGAAAAAUCUUAUUUUACAUGGUUGUGGUUUUCAUGCUGAUGUUGAUAUUUACAUUGAAAAUAAAGUCUCAAUACAGUCAAAGUCUUGAAUUUUGACACACAUUUGCCAAACAGCAUCUGCCGCAUAGACCUUUUGAAAUCUGACCAAGUUCUCACGUCUGAAGUGAAAGUCUUUUGAAAGAGUUCUAUCAAGAGCUAUUGUAAAAAAUUGAUCCCAUUGAUUAACCGUUCAAAGAAAACUGACCCCCCCCCGCGACAAAAUAACAAUUGUUGAAUAUUAAAUGCCAUCGCUGGUUUGAUGACAUUUUGCCAGAUUUCUCUUAAUUGGAAAAUGGCUGAAUUGCUGUACUUUUAGUUGCCCAGCAUAGAUAAAAAUUAGCUGGCCGUAAUUUAUGCAGUUUUAAACAAAACUGUUUGCAGAUGGCAUAUGUGUUCUUUGCUACAAUUGAGAACUUAAAAUGCUUAAAAAGUAAAGCACUUCAGCUUUCGUCAGCAUUGUUUGAUAAAGUGGUCUCAGAAUGUUUGUUCACCAAUGCCAGUAAAGGGAGAGGGAAUUCAAAGAGGCAGGUUUAAACCCUUUUUUUGUGUUAGUAGCAGGUACUUUUUGAUUGAAGCACAGAUUUUUGAUAAUUUUUUUUACGUAUAAUUCUGUAAAUGAAUGAAUAUUUAUCUGUCAUUUGUGUACCAAUAUUUAAUUCACAUUUAAACAAUUUAAAAGUUGACCGGGUUUCCAUUUCAGACAAAUUUAUCUGUUAAAAGAGAUGUUAAGAUUCAUUUUUGGCAUCAGCGAGUGGAAUCCAUGUUGUUUCACUUUUGCGUUAGCACAAAGUGCAAAAUGGCAUUGACAGUAUGCAGUUACAGAUUUUUGCUCACAUACUGUGUCAAUAUUUCAACAAAGCCGAGAACUUUGGAAAACUGCACAAAAUGUUCUUCUUUUUUUUUAUUCUCUAGAGAAGUAACAAACGAGUUGUUUGUUGAGAUUGAGUGGUUUUUAUACUCUCAGAAAAUAUCUGAGCCACAAUUCAGAUUGAUGAAUAUGUACAUUUGGGACGGGGGGGGCAAUGGGUUGUACUUGAGAUUGAGAUUUCUUUGAAUAAUAUGACUCAACUUUUUUGACUCUUACGAGUUCCAAACACAACUAAUUUGAAACUCUGUGUAAAGUUUGUUUUUAAAACUGUUCAGAUGUUGUUCUAUUUCACCAGAAUUAUUCCUCGAAUCUUUCCUCUAUUCAGGGAAGCAUCCAAAUCUUUAUGCAUGCACCUGUGUAUUGUGAAAUCACAUUUCAAUAAAACCAAUCCCAAGUUUUGUUUCAAAACUUACACUCUCAUUGUAACCUUGGGAUUUGAGGCCCUCUGUUAGUAUGACUACUGUUUGGAUGCUGUUAAUAAGAACCAUCAACAGACUUGCAAAAUGGGAGUGGAUCCUGCCAAAACGAUACUUAAGACCUCUUUUUUGUUCAGUAAUUCUGCUUUAGUUUGCAUUGGAAAGAGCAAACUGAGUUCUUUGUUUUGAUGUAUCACUCAUCCACUUUUAUGUUAUGUGGGUGAAAAAUGUUUAGUGGUCCUGUAAACUUGCAUUGUCAUAAGACUCGCAAUUCACUUCGUUACGUUGGACCACAAACAUCAUAUUUUGCAUGGUAUUGUGAAAGAGCUUGACAGCACUUGACACCAGGUUAAGUCAAAGGUAGUCACUCCUGUAAGACGUUUCAAAGUGAGUAAACGUUUGUUGGUUAGGGGAUAACUUUGAUCUCUUAGUCAGUCGUGGCAUUUAACUCUACAAGGGGUGGGGCAAAGAAAUAUUGGGGAGGGGGGUAGUCAUAAAAAAAAAACAUUUCAACAGCUAAGGGACAAUUUUGUGCACAGAAUCAAAAUUAUCAGUCUCCACUUUCAAGUAUAGUUGUCAUACUACACAGUGAAGGAAAUGGGCAGAAUCAUCCCUUACAGUGUAUGUCUGUGAAGUGGAACUUGGGGAGGGACAAGGAAAGACUAAUGGGGGAUAGAAAAAAUAUCACUAACAAAAAAAUCUAAAUGUAAUGAAAGGACUUGCUCAAGAAAAAUAGCGCCCUCACUUGACAUGAUGUCUUGGGUUGCAGAGCAGAUGAGAGGUCGUGAUGUCAAGCUUUUCUGUUUAUAGACUCAACUUUUGUGCGGGCUUGUGCACCAGGGUGAUGCUUUAUGCAAGGCUUCUUCAGUUCAAAAUUUUGUGCUGGUAUGAUGGGUUACAAAACAAUAUCUGUUGAGUUCGAAAUGAUUGCUGUGAAAAAUGAUUUGCUCAGCAUGUGAUGCUUAGAUACGCUUUCAUGAUCCUAGCAUGCAGAAUUUGCGGAAAGUUGCUGAAUAUUGGAUAUUCACACCAUGAAAUGUAUAUUUUAAUAGUAAUAAAUUAACUGUACAUUAGAGCCAAAUGUUUUUUCUCAAAAAGUGUCAACUUACGUCCAGCUCUGUUGACAAUUCUUGAUAAAGAAUAAAACACUUAUGACCGAGAA